AUGGGGGACCCUCCGGUCGAUUCCAAGGUUUUUGAAGCAAUAAAAGAGCUCAUAGUUACUGAAUACAAGUAUGUGAAGUCCCUGAAACUUGUCUCAAAUCUGUUUGGAAAGCCGCUGUGCCCGUCUUCAAUGUCUCCCUUCCAUAUAAUCUCUGAAGAUCAGGGUAACCCCCCUUCUCUUUCCCACCACGACUGGCAUUUGAUAUUUUCGAAAACUCCACAGCUGAUUUGUUUACAUGAGUCCAUUUUGGGACAUUUCUUGCAAGCACUAAACAUCUUCUAUAACGCGGAUGAGGAGCUGGACUUUUCCAAAAUCCAAUUCUCACAUGGGAUCUCGCUUGGCGAAUUGGGCAACAUUUUUUUAAAGCAUAAAGUUACAUCCUCAAAUCCGGAAUGCAGGGGCUUAGACCUUUCCGCAUUCUUUUUGGAACCAAUGCAGCGAUUGACGAGAUAUCCUCUUUUGAUCAAACAGAUCCUUCAUUAUUCCAAGGUCGAAAACUCCAAAAGAGAUUCCUUCAAAAAAGCAGAUAUUUCCUCGAUCUUGAAUUCGCUGGAAACUCAAAUUAUUAUCACUGAAUGCAACCCAUUUUCAGAGAUGGGCCCAGAGGUUGAGAAAAAGGCAAACCCAUUCUCCGAAAUCAAACUUGAUGAAAAUCCCUUUGACUCAAAUUUUCCUUUAACGUCAGGAACCUCCGUCCUUGUCACCGCGCUGACUGAAAUAGAGCUAAUACUGUCCAGAGCAAACGAGGCGGCUCAAAAAAAGGAAAACUCCUUCAAACUUUCGCAGCUACAAAGUCAAUUGGGUGGAAACAAAAUUUUGCUGACAAAUGGACGGCUAAAAUCGCCCACUUUGUUGCCGCAAAAAUCGAGAAAAAAAAGUUCAAUGUCAUCUUCCCGCUCAUUUUCGAUAUCUCCAACGCGCCCUAAUACAUAUUCCAUGCCCUCCUUUGAUGGUAUGACCCUGUUUCAUAAAGAGAUUAUCGAUCUUCCCUCAGAAACGAAACAUCGCGAACCCAGGAUCUGGAUAAAGGACGGAAUUUUGGAGGAUUGUUCGUCCUCUCGUAAAGAACCUAUUUACUGCGUUUUGUGUAGUGACCUGAUUCUUCUGCUGCAUUUCGAGCCUGAAUCCAUUAAACGCGUGACACCAGAAAGCAAGUUUUCUUUAGCCUAUAAGCCGAUCUCUUUGCUGGAUAUUACGGUCGAUGCAUCCGCUGGAGAGCCCAAACUUGUGGAUCGCGUUCGAAAUUCUAUAGCUUCUUUCUCAAAGCCCGACUCCUCUGUAAAGCAAAAGGGCACCAUUGUGACCUUGAAAACCGCCGCUGAAUCUGAGCACCGGCAGUGGGUAAACUUGAUCUCGGAGGCCAUAUUUAAUUUUAAAAACAAAGAACUGCAAGAAUCAAGCAAUACCCUGGCGCAAUCCUCCCAAUCGCUCGUCCACAUUGGAAAUCUCCGGCUCAAAAUAGAACGAGCUUCAGAGCUUCUCCCCGUGGAUCGAGGCAUCACAAGCCAUCCAUAUUGUGUGGUUAGGUGGAAUGAAUGCGUGCUGAAGAGUAGGGUCAUUCCCAAUACAGUUAGUCCAGUUUGGAACGAGGUACCCAUGCCAUUUACCGUUCUCACUUGCUAG